CUCUAGUUUACUUUUUUUUGUCUCUCUCUCUCUCUCUCUCUCUCUCUCUGUCUGUCUGUCCAUCGUCGCUCGCUCGUGGUGUAUGCAUUGUUGCAGCUUCUUCUGUUGCUUCAGGGAUUCCCACCCAACCUAUUCUCCCCAAACGCAAAAACCCAAAAAGGAAAAGUUCUUGUGAGAGUUUGGUAGACAGAGAAAUUCCACACCGAAGCUUCUAGAGAGAGAGGGGGCAGCCGCCGGUGAUGUUCUUCGCCAGAGAGAUGCGGACGCCGGCAAUGCCGUGACCCUGCUUUGCUCUGCCGUAGUACCCUUUAUGUAGGACCACAAGAUGCACGAGGCGCUUGUGCUGGACAAUACCAAUCCUAGUGAGGCCUUACCGCUCUCGCCCACCAAGAAGAAGAAGGGCGAAUCGGAGGAGAGCAGGGCUUUAACCCUAACGGAUGAGGCUCAGGAGCCGCGCCCGCCUCCUCAGCCUCCGCUUCCGCCGCUGGAGUUCGUGAUCAGCCAGGGCCGAUCGCAACCCGGGACGCGGCGGGUCACCCCAACUACGACCUCCGUGAGCUCCGCCGCCGUGGAGAGGCUGCUCCCCAACGGGGAUCUGUACAUCGGGAGCUUCUCGGGCAAUGUGCCGCACGGAUCGGGGAAGUACCUGUGGGCGGACGGGUGCAUGUAUGAGGGGGAGUGGCGGAGGGGGAAGGCUUCCGGGAAGGGGAAGUUCUCGUGGCCGUCAGGGGCAACCUUCGAGGGGGAGUUCAAGACCGGCCGAAUGGAGGGGACUGGGACUUUCGUGGGGCCAGACGGCGAUAUGUACAAGGGGUCGUGGAGCGGUGACCGCAAGCACGGGUAUGGGCAGAAGCGGUACGCCAAUGGCGACUCCUACGAUGGCCUGUGGCGGCGCAACCUCCAGGACGGGAGGGGCCGCUACGUGUGGCGUAAUGGGAACGAGUAUGUCGGAGAGUGGAAGAACGGUGUCAUUUCCGGGAGGGGAGUUCUGAUCUGGGCCAAUGGGAAUCGCUACGACGGGCAAUGGGAGAACGGAGUACCGAAGGGGAGCGGGGUGUUCACUUGGCCGGAUAGGAGCUGCUAUGUGGUCAAUUGGAGUAAGGAACCGCAGUUGGAAGGUAGCUUUUACUGUGGCGAUGGAAAGGAGCUGUGUUUGAGUGAGAAUUUGGUCCUUGCUGCCACGAUGAGGAAGAGGUCGAGUGUCGACGGUGCAAGGAAUUUCCCUAGGAUUUGCAUUUGGGAAUCAGAUGGCGAGGCAGGGGAUAUUACGUGUGAUAUUAUUGAUAGCAUAGAUAAAUCCGUGUUUUAUCGGGAUUUCAGGAAGGGGCGCCCGUGUUGCUUUAAUGGUGGCAGCGAGGUGAAGAAGCCCGGGCAGACUAUCUCCAAAGGGCAUAAGAAUUACGAUUUGAUGCUCAAUUUGCAAUUGGGUAUCAGGUAUACUGUGGGGAAUAACGCAUCAUCCUCUCGGGAGUUGAAGCCGAGUGAUUUCGAUCCCAAGGAGAAGUUCUGGACAAAGUUCCCUCCUGAAGGAUCGAAGCUCACGCCACCGCAUCAGUCUGUGGAGUUCCGGUGGAAGGAUUAUUGUCCAGUGGUCUUCAGGCAAUUGAGGAAGCUAUUCCAAGUGGAUCCUGCUGAUUACAUGCUUGCCAUUUGCGGGAACGAUGCUCUCAGAGAGCUUUCUUCUCCGGGAAAGAGUGGAAGCUUCUUUUACCUGACUCAGGAUGAUAGGUUCAUGAUCAAAACAGUCAAGAAGUCAGAAGUGAAGGUUCUUAUUAGGAUGCUGCCAAGCUAUUAUGAACAUGUUCGCAAGUAUGAAAAUUCGUUGGUCACUAAAUUCUUCGGCGUGCAUUGCGUCAAGCCUAUAGGUGGCCAGAAGACGCGAUUUAUCGUGAUGGGCAAUUUGUUUUGCUCGGAAUACCGAAUACAUAGGCGAUUCGACUUGAAAGGAUCUUCACAUGGCCGAAUGACGGACAAGCCUGAGGGGGAGAUUGAUGAAACCACAACACUCAAGGACCUCGACCUGAACUUCAUAUUUCGCCUCCAAAGAGAUUGGUUUCAAGAGUUCAUCAAGCAAAUCGAAAGAGAUUGCGAGUUCUUGCAAUCAGAGGGAAUAAUGGAUUACAGUCUGUUGGUUGGUCUUCACUUCCGAGAUGACAACACAUGCGAUAAGAUGGGGUUAUCACCAUUCCUGUUGCGAUCUGGCAAACAAGAUUCAUAUCAAAAUGAAAAGUUCAUGCGUGGCUAUCGUUUCCUUGAAGCUGAGUUGCAAGAAAUGGAUCGAGUUUUAGCUGGCGGGAAACCACUAAUAAGAUUAGGAGCAAACAUGCCCGCACGAGCAGAGAGGAUGGCUCGGAGAAGUGAUUUCGACCAAUAUACCCAUAUGACUCCUUCAAGGAGUGGCGAUAUCUAUGAAGUGGUUCUUUAUUUCGGAAUCAUCGAUAUUUUGCAAGACUACGACAUCAGCAAGAAGCUAGAGCACGCCUACAAAUCGCUACAAGCGGAUCCCACCUCAAUCUCUGCGGUGGACCCAAAGCUCUAUUCGAAGAGAUUCCGGGAUUUUAUCGGGAGAAUCUUCAUCGAAGAUGGGUAGUGUGACACCACAGAGAACUUGCUGGAUUGAGAUGAGAUCAUCGUUGCUAUUGGGCAAGUGUCCAAUUUUGGUGCAGCUGAAAGCCUCGGGUAUUUGUAUAUCCUCCCCUUCCCAUGUUUAUCGGAUCAAGAGAAUAUACCCCAUGGCUCACUGCUUGGGCAAGUGCUGAGUGAGUUUUCAUGCGGGAGGGUUGGGGCUGAAUUUUGAUGAUCACAGCUCCUUGCAAAGGGGAAGGAAGGGGGACCAAAUUAUUGUACAUUGGGGUGAUGGCCUCAACCGAGAGAGGGAAAGGUCGUUCAUUCUUGUUUCGUUUUUCCUCUUUUUUUUUUUUUUUUUGUUCUUUUAAUCUUUUCACUGUGGUGAGUGUGAUAUUGAGAUUUUUGGUGCAACCGAGGAUUGCACGACAUUGGAUGGAAAGAUAGGCAUCGGGAAGUGAGAAAAAUGUCCCCGUGCCACUUAGUAGUUGAAGAGAGGGAAAGGAUUUCAAAGUUGAGGGAGGGGGAUGAUUUGACUGGGGAAUAAGGGAAUUGUACAUACACUUUAUAUAUAUAUAUAUACAGAAGGAAGGAACAGAAUGCUAUCAUAUCAUAGCAGCCAGCCUCUAAUUGAAAUUCCAUGAGAAAAAUGGGAUUGUUUUUGUUCUCUGAGAUAUUUCAUUAAAGAAGAAGAAGAAGAAGAAGAUAUUGUUCAUUC